AUGUCAGUCUGUGGUUUGGAGAUUUCUGGAGAUGAAGUCAUUUGCUCACAGGGUCUCUCUGAUUGCACCAUGAACAAGAGGAAUAUUCUUGUAGUAGAGGACAACAAUGCUGUGAAUGUUCAAAACCUGACUCCAUCUAUCGAGCUCUGCUGCAGAGACAGCGCAACGUGUACAUUAUGUCUGGUGAUAGACAUAGACAUAAACAUCCAUCUGGAUAAAGUCAUUGAGGAUGAAGGCCACUCUGGAUAUGAGGAAGAGGAUUAUAGCGGGGAGACAGAGAGGAAUUCAAACGCGUCUGUGACAGUGUGUUACUACGCAGUACAUACCCUGCCCAUGUGCAAGAAGGUGGAGUUUACGGUUAAUCAUACAGCUCUUACUCUGCAAAACCAGGCAAAGAUUUCCGUGAAGAUUACUAAGCCAGCUGGGGUUUCCUUCAGCAGCCAAGUGUUUGUUUAUUCUACACCACCACCGCCACCACGAGAAGUUGUUUCUCCUUCUCUAGAUGAAGUUUGCUCCCAGGAGUGGAAGGAACGUGUAGAAGAGUGUCAUGUGCCCAGUCUCAACUGUGUAAUUGACCAAAAAAUGAAUUGGGUGGAGCUGCAUUUUGGCAGGAAUAAAAGCCCCCCCUCUGUGUGUGUCCAGUAUGAGAAGAAUGGUAUAUGUCAGAUAUGGAAUAGGACGACCAUCCCUCUGCAUUCUGUGACCCCCUGCAUGUGUCUUCAGGUAUGGGAUGAGGAUGAUCAGAGGUCUAUGCGCACUCAAAGCUGCCCCUUCAUUAAUAACACAGAUUCUCUCCAAAGGAGCGUAUGGCAGAAUGUGUCAGUGUUUGUAAGCCAGGGACAAAUGAACAACUACCACACAAUGUUGUCAUGGAACCUGUCUGCCCCCUGCAGGCUGGGGGGUGAAGUGUGGCCCUGCCAGAAAGAGAACAGCAGCUGCUGCAGAGAAAUGAAGGGCUUUAGACAACAGCUGGAAAAUGGCACAUGGAGACAAAACAGCAAGGGGCACUGGGAGACAAUAAGGGUGUUUGAAGACAUCCACGUUCAGCUCUCAACAUGUGUGAUGGUGGAAGUAAAGGGAAUGGGACAUGAGCUGGGUCCAUUCUGUUUAAAAAACAACGACAGGUCACGCUGGAUUCUCCUGUUUGUUGGUGUAAUGCUGCUGGUUUGCUUGGCUGUGCUCAUGUUUUAUCUCCUUCACGACUUUGUCAAGAAAUGGGCUUGGAGCUGGCAUCAUGGCGGAUUUGUAAAGAUUGGCAGAAAGGGUCAUAUGGUGGUGUUGCUGAGCCCCCCAGAUGUGGAUGAUGGUGUUUCGGAGUCAGUAUGUCAGCUUGGCUCCCAGCUCUUUAACCAGGGUUUCAGUGUGUCUGUGGAUCAGUGGAGCAGGAAGGAGCAGUGCACUAUGGGGCCUCUGCCAUGGCUGCACUCCCAGCUGCUGCAGCUGAAAAGCCUGGGCGGCCGAGUUGUGCUCGUCUUGACCCGCAAAGCCUUGGAGAGAGCAGAGGAAUGGACCCAUGGGAACAAAGAGGUUAUCAAGAUGAAGGGAGACAAGGGUCUCCCUCAGAUAUGUUCCCCUUACUCUGAUGUGUUCACAGCCUCUCUAUUCCUCAUUCAAGCGGACAAGCAGCUGGGCAGAGCUGGAGAACGUUUUCUUCUGGUGAAAUUGGACUCCCAUCCAAGCAUUGACAGGAGACUACCGGAGCUUUUUCAGGGGCUGCCCCUGUUCCAGCUUCCCUCUCAGAUCCAGGCUUUGUUGUCUGAGCUCACUAUGGGAAGGACAGGGAGGCGAUCAGGUAGAAGGACACGGACAAGGUGGAAAUGGAGUGCAAAGACCAAAAAGGGACAAGACCAGCAGAAGGCAUCACACUGUAAAUAUGUUGGCCCUGAGAAAAACUUGGAGCAACGCCUUUGA